AUGGCGCCCGCGGAGAUGUCCGCGCCGGCGGAGUACGACGAGGGCGCAGGCAAGGCCGCGGCGACGGAGGCGCACGACCAUGCAGGCCCCGCCAUCGUGCUCUCCUACGUCGCCUCAGGCCUCUCCGCCAUGCUCUCCGUCUGCUGCUACACUGAGUUUGUCGUCGAGAUCCCCGCGGCCGGUGGCUCCUUCGCCUACCUCCGCGUCGAGCUCGGCGACGCCGCGGCGUUCAUCGCCGCCGCCAACCUGAUCCUCGAGAGCGUCAUCGGCACGGCGGCCGUGGCGCGGUCCUGGAUGUCCUACCUCGCGUCGCUCAUCAACAAGCCGGCCAGCACGCUACGGAUCCACGCGCCGGGGCUUGCCUAG